UGAAAUCGUUCUGAAUGCCCUCAUGCCUUGUCUUCAUUCACUGCCAUCGCCCGCUGGUGCAUGUGAAUCAUGUCCGGACCCUCUGCUUCACCUGCCCAUAGGGCUCACAGUAACCGCGUCAACAACAACAGCAGCAGCAGCAGCAGCAAAAGCAGCAAUCGUGAUAACACUUCACUGGCCACUCCAGUCAGCAAGCGCGCGGCCCACGCGCAGAGUGUUCCGUACACCCGUCGAACCACUCGAUCGCUGGCCACGAAACCCGGGGCCUCACCCCUUCAAGAACUCAAAGACACCCAUACCCAACGGAAACCACGAACUGCCAAGUCCAUCUCCGUGGAACCGGAUGCGUCGCAAGAGAACGCGAAUCGCGCCAAUGGAGUGCUGGUCAAGGCCGCCGAGUCUCCUCCCCAUGAGGCCUCUCCAACCCCAUCCGAGCGUCCCACGACUCGUUUCGCUCAGCAACAACUCCUACGUAAGGCCUUUCCGAAUCGUCACAAGUCCCUUGAGCCUCUCAGUGAGCCUCUGAGUUCGCCGCAAACUCCCAACACCCCCAGUUCAAUUCUCCACGGCACCUUCUUCUCAUCCCCGUCGGUCGUAGCAAACUCCGGGAAUAGCCCACAGAGCCCAAGCGUUGUCGCAAAUAACAUCAACAUAACUCCGAUUCAGCAAAGCGAUUCCCCAACCCCCAACAAAAGGAACAAUGUCAACUCACCAGAGUCGACUGAGAAGAGUGCGCACAAGAUCCUGCCCUACUAAAUAUAGAUCGAUCACCUUUGAUUUCACUUUCAUAUCUCAUCGCUGUUACAUUACGUGGGUCGUUACAGUUGCUUUGGACCACCGCUAACGCUUCUGUCGUAGUCAACCGUAAUCUGACGUCCUCCAACAAGCGAUCGCUUGGCGACCCUACCCCCGAUGACCGCGCCGCCAAGUUCAGGAGAACUGGAG